CGCGGAGCUGCGGAGCCAGGCCUGCCGCUGUCAUGGACGCCUGGGUUCGCUUCAGUGCUCAGAGCCAGGCCCGGGAGCGGCUGUGUAGGGCCGCCCAGUAUGCCUGCUCCCUUCUUGGCCAUGCACUGCAGAAACAUGGGGCCAGCCCCGAGUUACAGAAACAAAUUCGACAACUGGAGGGUCAUCUGAGCCUAGGAAGAAAGCUUCUACGCCUGGGUAACUCAGCAGAUGCCCUUGAGUCAGCCAAACGAGCUGUGCACUUAUCAGACGUUGUCCUGAGAUUCUGCAUCACUGUUAGUCACCUCAAUCGAGCCUUGUACUUCGCCUGUGACAAUGUCCUGUGGGCUGGAAAAUCUGGACUAGCCCCCCGUGUGGAUCAGGAGAAGUGGGCCCAGCGUUCAUUCAGGUACUAUCUGUUUUCCCUCAUCAUGAAUUUGAGCCGUGAUGCGUAUGAGAUUCGCCUACUGAUGGAGCAAGAGUCUUCAGCUUGUAGCCGGCGACUGAAGGGUUCCGGAGGAGGAGCCCCAAGAGGAAUUGAAACUGCAGGACCUGGGGGUCCAGGAACUCCAGGAAGAGGCUUGCCUCAACUGGCUCUCAAGCUUCAGCUCCGAGUCCUGCUCUUGGCUCGGGUCCUCCGAGGUCAUCCCCCACUUCUGCUGGAUGUGGUCAGAAAUGCCUGUGAUCUUUUCAUUCCACUGGACAAACUGGGCCUCUGGCGCUGUGGCCCUGGGAUUGUGGGCCUUUGUGGCCUUGUGUCCUCCAUCCUGUCUAUUCUUACUCUGAUCUGCCCUUGGCUACGACUCAAGCCCUGAUAUUCUGGUACAGGAUAAGGAGGGCAUCUGAAUUGGUGACUUGUGGCAGAUUUUACCCCCUUCAAAUGCCACCAAAUCGUAACUUUAGAGACUUCAUGUCCCAGUGGAUUCUCCCCUCAUGCACCAGAGGUAGUCUGAUACUUCCUCCUUCGUGUCUGCCUCACCAGCCUCCCUCAUGACUUGGCCCUUCCCUCUACUCACACCUGCAGAUUUCUGCUUACACUUUUAUUUCAGGGCUUUGUUCCCUAGCCUGUUCUCACCCCUUCUUUGCCUAUCCAGAAGGAUGCUGUGUCUAGCAUCUUGCUGUAAAUACUGUACAGUGAUUCUGUGUAAAUAGCUGUGGCCGUGCCCACAAUGGGGAGCAAGCCUUCCAGGUCAGCACAUUAAAGGUCUGUUUGCUCAUCA